GUCCCCGGUCAUCGACAUCCCGCAGUAGACGACGGCUACCUACAUAUCGCCGUCACUUUAACUUCUGCAUCCUACUCCUGCGCUGCGUCGUUGGGCACAAAACACCCACUACACGAGGCUCAACUCUAUUUCCAUCCGUUACGAGCUAUUCAUUCUCUUUGAUGACCACUUCUGCGCACAAUACACCCUCCGACCCCUCCACACCCUCGAGUCCCACGGUUGACCCUCCUCACCAUGGCCGGUAACGAACGCAUAGGUCAGCUCAUGAGCGCCCUCGACACCUCGACUAGUAUGGACGUAUCGCGAGCCACGUCGCCAGGUGGAGACUGGCGCGACUCAAAUGGUACGGCGAAUGGCAACAAUGCUGAAAAGCAGAGUCGCAGUCGCCCGCGGACCUUUCCGUACUUCAAAUAUUUACCGUACGAGACCGAAGAUGCAUCGGAGAGGGAGGAGAACCUCAACACAUGCAUAAAACAUCUCUUCAUAGCGGUUUCUGCGGGAGACUUUGCGCCGGGUGCGGUACACUGGACUCGAGAGAUUAGAGGAUGGCUGUCACUGAAGUUCGACCUUCCACGCAACACCCGCGUCAAGCUUGUCAAACUCUACUACGAGCUGGCGCUUGCCCCGGGUCUUGAUUAUCUGGUGGCGGAGCGCUUUGCGAGCAUGUUCAUGGUCUUGACGAAGCGAAAGCAUUAUCUUCGUCCGGGAAAAGACUUGAUAUUGGACUGGAAACCGCUCUUCAGAGAAAUGAAGAUGUUCGUAUUUCCCUCGGAGUCAGGGGCAUCUCAUCCUACCAAUGUCAAGCGCAAUAUCCGGACGCUGACGAAGCUGGCUACAUUUGCACAACUUUACUUUGACACGCAAGAUAUUCCUGCGAUGUUUGAAGAAUUCCUUCCCUACUUUAGCACCUCGUUCUCUGAAAAUGCAUUCGUAGUCGUUGGCUUGCUCAACCUACUUCUCCCCACGUUCCCGGCAUCAGAGGAGAAAGAUGCGCUCCAGCCACAGACCUACCUGCCAACUUUCUUCCAUCUUUGGUCUCUAAUGAACAGGUCGAGACUGUUCGAUGUGCACUUCGUCGACAUCUUGUCUAGAUUGGCGAGGGAUUCCUUACCAACACAGCAUAUUCCUUUCUCUCAACAUGGUAUCUUUACGAGCGAGCAAUCAGCACUCAUAUUUACCGCUAUUCUCAGACUACUUCAGAUCCCAGUUGGACAGGCUUUGACUCCCUACAGCUCGACCGUAGACCUAGGCGCCGGUCUGGCCGUGAUGCUUGACAGAGAUCAGAGAAAGCACCCAAUUGCCCACCAUAUUGCUCGUUGGAUUGUAAUGUCCUUGUCUCCUGCUUGUUUGGACCACCCUGACUCAAUUUUGGUCAAACUUGAAGGCUUGAUCCAGGGGAUCGAGACUUUCUUCCAUCCAUCCAAUUCAGGUGAUUGGACGAAGUCGCUCUCACAGCUUGUCUACUAUCUCGCUGACUUCUUCGUCAUGCGUUGGAAUCGGGAGCAUAGUGGCGAGAUGGAGGUUCCUGAGGAGAGGAGACUCAAUGAUGUACUCAAGCGGCGAUUCGUCCUAUGCCUUCGAGACGUUAUCUACAUGGGAAUCUUCGCGAAGAGUGGAACAGCUAUGAACUUCUCGCUGUCAACGCUCCAGAGCCUUGCUUUCUUGGAACCAACCCUCAUUCUUCCCGGGGCGCUUCAGAGGAUAUAUCCAGCCAUGCAAGGUCUUGUUGAGGUACACCGGACCAUAUCCUCCAUACGCGCACUUCAUAUGCUGUCAAAGGUAAUGGCGAGAACUAAGGGUUAUAGAUGUCACGUUACCACAGUCUUGGGGCUUGCUCUGCCAGGCAUUGACGCGAACGACCUAGAAAAGACUUUACAUACGUUGUCAUACAUCCAAGGCGUAUGCUAUACAGUUCCGUUCCACGAUUUGACCAAAGAAAAGAGGCCGGGACAGAAUGGCCGACUCACUGGUGAUGGCACAGAAACUCCCAUAGAAGGUACGGACACGGCAUUGGCAGGCCAGUGGAUAAUGGGACAAGUCGACCGGCUAGAAAAUCUGAGUGCCGACGGCGAGAUCGACUACGACCAAGAGCUUAGCGAUCAAGAAGAGGAGAUGAUAUUAAGAUCUUCAACAACUGGCCUCGCGGAGUUCUUGAUCACCUUCCUUGGACGGGUAUUUACUUUGCUAGAGAAUCUCCCAGAUGCCUCCCGCGUGAGGAGUGGAUCGCCCGAGGAGAACGUAGUCAACACCCUCCCUGCAGCAUUUACACCAUUACUAGCAGCACUUUCGCCAGAGCUAUUCGAUAUCGCCCUAGACAAGAUCGCCAACUUCGUGACAAAUCAUGUCAUUCAUCAGGCUAGAGACGCGAUGGCUUUCAUUUGCAAUGGUCUAGUCAAGAUCAAUCCCGAAAAGGCUCUCAAGCGGCUACUUCCUCAUCUCCUGUCGGGAAUUCGGGUUGAAAUUGAGGACAACGGAGCCGGAUCCACGAGGACAACGGGGUCCGAGGUUCUUCCUCGAGACCGUGCAUUGGUAUGGAACAUCAGCCUGCUAAGCAUGUGCGUUGUACAUGUCGGCGACGCCGUGCUUGCCUGGAAAAAAGAACUUUUCGAGAUUGCCGAGUACAUGCAAAAGCACUGCAAAGGCAUUCCAACGGUGCAUGUUUCGAACUUCAUCCACCAUCUUCUGCUCAACUUGACAGUCACUUACACAAUCGACUACUCCAUCUACGAGGAAGACGAGCUUGAGAAGGGCCUCACCACCGAGUCAUGGGGCAGACUUCCAGACCCGAAGAAAUUAAACAUUGUUUGGCACACGCCGAAUGAGGAGGAGAUCGAUUUCGCGAUCCGCCUUUUCAAUUCGCAGUGUAAGAAUGCGACCACCGCUCUGCUGGAUCUGAUCAAGCCAAAUCCACCGAUCAAGCGUGAUGGCACUGGGAAGGACUGGUCCGACGAAGUAUCACGCAAUCUGGUCCUCCUAAGGCUUAUCAUGUCUGGUAUCUCUGUCCUCUUCGACCCCAGCAUUGAAGAUAGCGAUGAGAGCGACACCACAGAUUCUUCUUCUGACGAGGAUGCUACGGAUACCGAAGGGCCCGACCAUGAUGCUGGCUUAGGUGAAGCUGAGGAUGAGGAAGUGAAGCCAACGUUCCGAUACAAUACCGGUUACCCGCUUGCCAGGGACGGAAGAGGCUACAAACUCAUCCACAGCCUGCGCCACAAUGUUGGACUCUGUCUCCAUGAAGUUCACAAGUUCUUGAUCGAGAAGCAGGAAGACGACGUUCCUUGUUUCAAUUCUCUAUAUAAUGCCUACCGGUCCUGGUUUAUCGAUGUGGGAAUUGAACGAUCUGCUCAUGUACUUGAUCGGGUUACUCGACUUCUCGCGGCGGACGUCCAUCCUUUCAAAUUCAGCGGCCUAAGAAAGGAAUAUCCGAGACCAUUACUGGUCAGACGAGCGAACGUCUAUCAUCUGCAGAGAUUACGGCAUAACGCAAAUCCUAGGCCAAAGACUGAUCUCGACAAGCAACUCCUCCUCGACUUGGCCGAGUCCAGCGUCUCACUUUAUACUGAAAUUCGCCGCACUGCUCAAACCGCGAACGAGUCAGCAGUCAAGUGCAUACUUGGAGCUAGGCCUUUGGUUAUUCCACCACUACUUGAAGCUCUCGUGAAAGCUGUAAAUGAGAACGACUACCCACGCAUCAAGGGAGCGAUGUUCUCAUUACUCUUCGGUAGUCUAGCAAAGACCAUCAGCCGCGAUUGGAGAUUUACACCAACCUUGAUCAAGGCAUUCAUCGAGGUCACUGGAGCUGAUAAACCAUCCGUGCAAAAGCUUGCAGGUAAUGCUACUUUCCAAAUCAUGGACAUGGGCAAGCCCUUGGAGCGUAUGGUCAUACUAGAUCAAGAAGUCGUCGAGGCCAUAGCAUUUGCAGCUGCUUCUGAGGAUUCGAAGAAGAUCGAGGCGAAGGUCAAUAAACGCCGAGAAUUUAUCAAGAAGAAACGAACCCGCAUAGAGAAGAAGAAGGCAGACUUGUCUGCAGAGCUGGUAGACCUGGGCGCAACGUCACACUGGAAGAAAGCAAGUCGAACAGCGGCUAUCGUCGUCAAUCUUGGCAUGAGAUAUGACUCCAUUGCUUCAGAUCCAAUGAUCGAUCUUGUCACCAAGGGUUCUAUUGAUCCUCAUCCGAGUCUUCGUGGGUUGUACGGUGGAGCUUUGGUCGGCAUUUUCACUCUCAUUCAGACUCGUGGUAUCACAGGCCAUAGUUACGAGAGAUACCUCCUCAACGAUGAGGAGCUUCCAGACAAAAUCACCGUACCAACAAAAGCGGACGAUCCGGGGUGGACUGAAGAGCACCUGAGCAGUUUCGCUAAACCAGAGGCUCAAUAUUAUUCCGACUUUGACUAUCCCGGCUGGCUGGUGUGGAACAAAACCAUGCCUGCUUUCCUGACAAACCCACCUCCGAUUCAGUACGACGAAGUCGAACAAGCAGUGCGAGCAAAGAUUGGCAAGCAUCUUGAUAGGCAAUGGUUCUCGAACUACUUCGCGUACAUGAAGCAGGAACCACGGGAUGCUACUUCAGACCGCUUCCGCAUGUCUAGCUGCAUGAUGCUCACCCACGCCUUUGAGCUUGUCUUCUGCGGCUUGACAGAGACUACCUUCGAAGACAUAAAAGACCUGACGCAAUCAAUAUAUGCUGAUGGUAGCGACAAACAUCAACACCGAGCUACUGCUGAAAUUAUGGGCGCGUUCCUCUCCGUUGCGCCUGACUUGACUCCCGAGCAGCGCGCAGAGAUAUGGGAGUAUGCAUUCCCGAUCGUUCGAGGAAUCUUCAAGGAUGGCCUGACACCAGAGAAUUCCUCGUACUGGACCACGUUCUUGCACGUCGUGCUUCAAUCCAAAGAUCCCCGUCGUGCUUGGCCAUUGGUAGACUGGCUUGCAAGUUUCCGUCUGGACAUGAACUCUAAUGCUGCCUUCAAGGAGAGCUCCAAGAUCCAGAUGCUGCAGCAAUGUAUCCUAGAUGCUGGAUGGCAUUUCCAACUCGACAAGCCAAUCUUGGAAGACUUCAUGCAACAUCUCGACCAUCCGUACAAGGGCGUUCGUGAAGCAAUGGGUCAGACUAUUGCUAGCAUUCUCAGAAUGAGAUACCACGAGUCUUACAAGAGCGUUGAGACACUCAUCAAGACUCAGAAAGAAGCUUCGUCGAUCGGCACUCGUCCAUAUGAACCUACAGAAGAAUACUCAACCACCAUCACCAAUGUCUUCGAACGACUCGAGGUCUGGCGAAAGGAGCGUCCCGCUGGACAACAAACACCCUCAUCCUAUACCCAAGGCGGCAAAACCGUCCUCCUCUGGCUCGACUCAGCCCUCUCCUCCUAUGAGUGCAUCCAGCUUGUCAAAUUCUUCCCCGACGUCUUCAUGGAGCAGCUCCUGCACAUGAUGGACAUCAAAGAAGACCCGGAGCUCCAAUCCCUCGCCUACCACGUCUUCCGCCACCUCCCCAACAUUCCGCACCGCGCGGGCGAGGACGCCGACUUCAUCGCCGCCCUCAUCCGCAUCGGCCGCACGGCCACCUCGUGGCACCAGCGCCUCCGCAUCCUCAUCCUCAUCCAGGUCAUCUACUUCCGCCGCCUCUUCCUCAUGUCCGAGGCCCAGCAGCAGGCCCUUUUCGACUGCGUCUCCACGAUGCUCGGCGACGUGCAGCUCGAGGUCCGCGAGGGCGCCAAGGCGACCCUGUCGGGUAUGAUCCGCUGCUCGCCGGUCGAACUGCGCACCCGCACUGUCGAGGCCCUGAAAGCGAAGUUCACGAAACAGCUCGCCAAGAACCCUCUCCCAAGAAGCCGUGUCCCGGGCACCCCAACGCCGGAGCAGGGCCGUCUGAUAUUAGUCCGUCACGCCGCGGUGCUGGGCCUCGGCGCGCUGAUCCAAGCGUUUCCCUACACGAGCCCGCCGCCGGCGUGGUUGCCGGACGUGCUGGCUACGCUGGCGCGGAAGGCGGCUGCGGACUCGGGCAUGGUGGGCAAGAGCGUGAAGAGCGUGCUGGCGGAUUUCAAGAAGACGAGGCAGGAUACUUGGCAUGUUGAUGUGAAGGCGUUCGAACCAGACCAGCUCGAGGACCUCGAGGGCGUGCUGUGGAAGAGCUACUUCGCCUAGCCCUAUCCCUAUUCCGCUAGAUGCAAGGAGUGGGCGCAGUUGGAAGAGUGCCUUUUUGUCCCUUUUCUCUCCGACUCCGGGUUUUGGUCCAGGCUUUCCGCCGCGGG